AUGAAUAACGGCGAUCCUUGGAUACGUGAAGAGGACGACGACUUCAAGGGUUUAGGGGAUAACUUCUUUGAUGAUCUCAUCAAUCAUCUUGAUUUUCCCUUAGAGGACAUUGAAACGGCUAAUGGCGAAGGAGAUUGGGAUGCCGAUUUCAAGAACCUCGUGCCUCCUUCUUUGGAUGUGCUCACAAGUUUGUCCUCUGAGUUCUCGGGUGGUAACAAAUGCAAUGGACAACGUGUGAGAGGCCCUAAUACAAAGCCUGCUCUGAAACAGUCGAGUUCUUCAGAAGUCUCUUCUACCGUGGAAAGCUCCCUUCCUGAUGUCAAAGUCUCAAAGCUGUUCCAGUCUUCAAGCCCAGUCUCAGUUCUCGAGAGCGCCAAUGGUUCUGUCUCGUUCCAGAACCCAAACAGAGCUCACAGGCUGGCCUUUCUCGUGAAGGGCAUCAGAGGCAAGCGCAAACGCCCCACAGAGCUGAGAUUCGGAUUCCUCAAGUCAUUCGCUUCAGCAAUGGCUCAGAAGUUUGCUGCUCGUGAUGAUGGACCAGACUCUGAGAAUCCGGCCAAGAAGAAGCGCAGGAGGAACAAGAACGGUGCGGCGAACUCGGACUCUUCCAGUCCAGAGCCGUAUAACGAUGAUGGGACGCUGAGGAAAUGCACUCAUUGCGAGACAACCAAGACACCACAGUGGAGGGAAGGGCCCAGUGGACCUAAGACGCUUUGUAAUGCUUGUGGAGUCCGGUUCAGGUCAGGCCGUCUUGUUCCAGAGUACCGUCCAGCCUCGAGCCCGACCUUCAUCCCAACGGUGCAUUCGAACUCGCACAGGAGGAUCAUAGAGAUGAGGAGGAAAGAUGAAGAAGACCAGUUUGAAACCGGAAGGAUCCGUUCCUUUAGAUCUCGAGCAUAG